AUGGAGCCCGACCAAGCCAGCCCUCCAGAUACCCUUGAUCUUGAACGAAAUGACCAUCAGUUUUUGAUGAACAACACCGUUCAAUCCUUCACGUGGGAUAAUCUGACCGUGACGGUAAAGGAUAGACGCACAAAAGAGCCUCGGAAUCUGAUCGAGGGAUGCAGCGGAACAGCCCACCAUGGGCAGCUGAUUGCGCUGAUGGGCCCCUCUGGCUGCGGGAAAACAACUCUCUUAAACGUUCUUGCGCGUCGCACAGCUUCCGCCGGUGCGAAAAAUACGGGGGAGUGCUACGUAAAUGGAGCAAAGCUGGACAAUGGCACCUUCAACCGGAUCACAUCCUACGUCGAACAGGAGGAUGCCUUGAUCGGAUCCCUGACGGUGCGGGAGACACUGAAAUUUGCCGCGGAUCUGUCUCUGCCGGGAUCGGUGACACGAUCACAAAGGGCAGAGCGUAUCCAGACCCUGCUGAGCGCAUUCGGAAUCCAGAACCAGGCCUCGACUCUGGUGGGCACGCCAAUCCGUAAGGGAAUCAGUGGAGGCCAGAAGCGACGGGUCAGCGUCGCCAGUCAGCUUAUCACAUGUCCCAAGAUCUUGUUCCUUGACGAGCCAACAAGCGGAUUGGAUUCGACUGCUAGCUACGAGGUUAUCUCAUACGUCAAAAGGCUUGCGGUAGCAAACAAUCUUAUCAUAAUCGCAAGUAUCCACCAGCCAUCGACAACAACCUUCCAGCUGUUUGACAACCUCCUCCUUCUGUCGGGCGGAAAGACAUGUUAUUUCGGACCCGUUUCCGAAGUCCCAAGCUACUUCAAUAACAUUGGAUAUCCGAUCCCCUCCAAUACAAAUCCGGCAGAAUACCUCUUGGAUGCGGUUAGUUCUGACUUCACUGUCCACGAGGACCAAGUCGAGAAGAUCCAAACCGCAUGGGCACAGUCCGCCGAGUAUGCUGCAUUAAGCAAGCAACCACAGAGCGCCACCAACGAGAAGAACGGCAAUAUAAUGAACAUCGACGAACUAAGCCGCCCAGGUAUUCCCCGAAUUACCAUGUCUCUUCUCCAUCGGCUCUUCAUCAAAAGCUAUCGCGACGUUGUAGCCUAUGGUAUUCGGAUUGUCAUGUAUUUAGGUACAGGCUCCCCAUCCCUGUCUCAAUCUCACAAAACUAAUAUGAUCUGUAGGACUGGCAAUCAUGAUGGGGACGGUAUGGCUUCGCCUCCAUACCUCCCAGGAGUACAUCCAACCAUUCAUCAAUGCAAUUUUCUUCGGCUCAGCUUCAUGAGCUUUAUGGCUGUCGCUUAUGUCCCAUCCUUCCUCGAGGACCGGGCAACUUUUACCAAAGAACGAGCAAACGGACUCUAUGGCGCGCUUCCCUUCGUGAUCUCCAACUUCAUCAUCGGCCUGCCGUACCUAUUCAUCAUUUCCGUCCUCUUUUCCAUAGUCAGCUACUGGCUCUCCAACUUCCGGCCCACAGGCGCCGCAUUCUUCACCUGGGUGAUGUGGCUCUUUCUGGACCUCGUCGCCGCCGAAUCUCUCGUCGUCUUCGUAACAGCCAUCUUCCCGAACUUUGUGAUCAGCCUGGCGCUCGUUGCAUUUGCCAACGGGCUCUGGAUGAGCGUGGGCGGGUUCCUCGUUUCGCCGACCAUCCUGAAUCCAUUCUGGAAAUAUGUUUUCCACUACAUUGAUUACCAGGCGUAUGUCUUUCAAGGGAUGAUGGUUAACGAGUUUAGUGAGAGGACAUUUUCGUGUGGCUCGGGGUGUCAAUGUAUGUAUCAGACAGACCUGGCAGAUCAGUGCAUGAUCCGAGGAACCGGAGUUCUGAAGGAAUAUGGGUAUGCCACGGGUCGGACAGGGAAGUGGGUGGGUAUUCUGAUAGGCAUUAUUGCCGUUUACCGAUUGUUUGGCUAUAUCGCCUUGGUGUUGAGGAGGACUUGA